CUGUAAACCAACUGGAUCAACUGAGCCCAGAAGAACAGUUGCUGGUUAAGUGUGCUGCAGUCAUUGGUCACUCCUUCCACAUGGAUCUGCUGCAGCACCUGCUGCCUGGCUGGGGUAAACAUAAGCUACUGCAGGCGCUGAGGGCUCUUGUGGAUAUGCACGUGCUCCGCUGGUGCAGCCAGAGCCAGGAGCUUCCUGCUGAGCCACGAUCAGUGCCUUUUUCUGUUGAGAUUAUUGAAAAAAACAAAGAGGAAAAGAAAAAUUCAGAUGCUGGCUCUCCUCUCAGGCAAAAAGAGGAACCAUUCCUACCUCCUCCGGAGGUGCUAGAAUUUGAUGUGCCUCUAUUACGGGAAGCUGCUUGGGAGCUGUGGCCCAAGGCACAACAGAGAGCCCUGCAUCUUGAAUGUGCCUGCUUUCUCCGACACUUGGCCUGCCGCUGUGGCAGUUGCAGGGGCGGGGACUUUGUCCCCUUCCACCGUUUUGCCAUCUGUUCUAUCAAGAGCUCCAGAGGGUCAUCCCGAUUCUGCAGUUACAAGGAUACUGGCUCGGUGUUAACACAAGUGAUCACAGACAGAUUACAGUUGCCUUCUCCCCAAGAAGAGAAGUUGGUAUUGGUGUUGGCAGGGGAGAGGGAUAUGAAAGAGAUGGUGACGUAUUGGAGGUAAAGGACUAAAAUGAAGGAUUUGAUCUAUGAUCCUAAUACCUCUUCUAGCUGUAACAUCUGGUGACUCUGUGAAGGUAGACCAGUAAC